UUAUUAUCUUCCGCUCCAGGCAAGAUGAGCUGACAGAUGUUAUGAAAUGGGAAUAAGGCCACACAGCUCAGCACGUUUCUUAAUGUGAUGCCGGUGGACUUUAUUCUACAUUAUGUUUUUGGACGGAAGUAGUUUAGUUUAGUUUAAUAAAUAUGCACCCACAGAUUUUAUGCAGCGGCCCAGCAGCGGCCGUUGCUGCCCGGAGAGUGCGGAACAUUCUGGGCGCCGUCCUGGGGAGAGACGGCUGGAUGUGGAGAACACAUGAGGUCAAACUACUCAACACAUCUUCAGGUGACACAGUGAAGAUCGGAGAAAUCUCUUACAAGCUCAAGACACCCAAGAACCCAGAGCUCGUUCCUGUCAAACACAUUUCAGACUCCCUGCCGCAGACAGUAGCCCAGCACCUGAGAUGGAUUAUGCAGAAGGAUCUUUUGGGACAGGAUGUGUUCCUCAUUGGUCCACCAGGACCCCUGAGACGAUCCAUAGCCAUGCAGUACCUCGAGUUGACCAAACGGGAGGUAGAAUAUGUGGCUCUGUCCCGGGACACCACAGAGACCGACCUGAAACAGAGGAGAGAGAUCCGCUCAGGGACGGCCUUCUACAUUGACCAGUGUGCUGUAAGGGCAGCAACGCAAGGUCGAGUCCUGGUCCUGGAGGGUUUAGAGAAGGCAGAGAGAAACGUCCUGCCCGUCCUCAACAACCUGCUGGAGAACAGAGAGAUGCAGCUGGAGGACGGACGCUUCCUGAUGUCAUCAGAAAGAUACGACAAACUGCUGCAGGAUCACACCAAAGAGGAGCUGGACAGCUGGAAGAUCGUCCGUGUGAGCGAGGACUUUCGGGUCAUCGCUCUCGGUCUUCCUGUCCCCAAAUACAAGGGCAACCCGUUGGAUCCUCCUCUACGCUCACGCUUCCAGGCCAGAGACAUCUAUUACCUUCCAUUCAAGGACAUGUUGGAGCUGUUGUACUCAGCAGGACCAAACAUCGCUGCAGAAAGGGUGUCCCAGCUGCUAUCUCUUGCCACUACUCUGUGCUCCCAGGAAUCCUCCAGCCUCGGCCUGCCUGACUUCCCGGUGGACAACCUGAUUCCUGCCCUCCACGUGCUGAACUCCUUCCCCAUGCUGUCCUCCCAGCAGCUCGUCAACAGACUUUACCCAUACAGCAGCAUCCUGGGCAAGGAGGGACGCACGGCUGUGGAGGGAGUGCUCAGCAGGUUUGAGCUCUUGGAUGGUCGUCGUCAGGCAGCAGCCAGCGCCAUCUUGAGCGUAUCCAAGACAACGGAUGUAGAGGGCCAUGCAGAUGUUACACUACGUAUGUCAGACAAAGACAUCACCUUCCAGGUCCCAGCGGGCCUCAAGGAGCUGCGUCCACCCAACAGCAGCCCCACCUUCAUCAGCACGCCGAGCCACUCCCAGCUGCUCUCCGAGAUGAUGCAGUCACACAUGGCGAAGGACAUCUGUCUGAUCGGAGCCAAGGGCUGUGGCAAGUCAGUGAUUGCAAGAGAGUUUGCUGAGAUGCUUGGAUACAGCAUUGAGCCCGUCAUGCUCUACCAGGACAUGACGGCGAGGGACCUUCUGCAGCAGAGGUACACGCUUCCUAACGGAGACACAGCAUGGAGACCGUCUCCGCUCGUCACCGCUGCCAUCGAGGGAAAGCUGCUGCUUCUGGACGGCAUCCACAGGGUCAACCUGGGCACCCUGGCUGUGCUGUCCAGGCUGCUGCAUGACAGGGAGUUGGAUCUGUACGAUGGGACCAGGCUGCUCAGGUGGGACAGAUACCAGACGCUAAAGGAACAACUACAGUUCACUGAUGAACAACUAAAAGAGAGGUCAGUGUUUCCCAUCCAUCCAUCGUUCAGGGUGCUGGCUCUGGCUGAGCCCCCCGUUGUGGGCGCUGGUACGAGCGGCGGCGGAGGCAGCAGAGGUCAGCAGUGGUUGGGUCCUGAGCUGCUCACCAUGUUUCUGUAUCACACUGUCACCCCGCUCGCCAAAGCGGAGGAGAUGGGCCUCAUCCAGGGACUGACUCUAAAUGUUCCAACAGAAGCAGCAGAGCAGCUGUUGCAUCUCACACACAGCCUCCGCAGUACGAAUGACCCCACAGCACAGUCUCUGGCCUCGUCUUUGUCCACCAGACAGCUUCUGAGGAUCUGUCGUCGUCUCUCUCAGUACCCCGAGGAGAGCAUCGCUCACGCUGUCAAUAAGGCCUGCCUUUCCAGGUUCCUGCCCAGCCUGGCCCGUGCUUCUCUUGAAAAAAACCUCGCCAACAGCUCCAUCCAGGACUCUCCAGAUCUCAAUGAACACACUCGUGACUUCAGCUGCUCCAUAAAGGACGGCUUGCUGACUAUUGGUAAAGUUUCUGCUCCCGUCUACAACGCCAAGGAGAAAAUGAAAAUCCCGGACGUCCUCUUCUAUGAUAAUCCUCAGCACAUGAUGGUGAUGGAGGACAUGCUGAAAGACUUUCUCUUAGGAGAGCACCUCCUCUUGGUGGGAAACCAGGGCGUGGGUAAGAAUAAGAUAGUGGACCGGUUCCUGCACCUUCUGAACAGACCCAGAGAAUACCUCCAGCUGCACAGAGAUACAACUGUUCAGACUUUGACUCUGCAGCCGUCAGUCAGAGAUGGCAUCAUCAUGUACGAAGACUCUCCCCUGGUGAAGGCAGUGAAGAUGGGUCACAUAUUGGUCAUCGACGAGGCAGACAAAGCCCCAACUAACGUCACCUGCAUCCUCAAGACCCUGGUGGAGAGCGGAGAGAUGAUUCUGGCCGACGGACGCAGAAUCAUCUCAGAUGCACGUGAAGCCAACGGGAGACUGAACACCAUAGUCAUGCACCCGGACUUCAGGAUGCUGGUUCUGGCUAAUAGACCUGGUUUUCCGUUCCUGGGCAAUGACUUUUUUGGAGCUCUAGGGGACAUCUUUAGCUGCCAUGCUGUCGACAAUCCGAAGCCGCAGGCGGAGCUGGCGAUGCUGAAACAGUACGGGCCCGACGUCCCUGAUGCCACUCUGCAGAAGCUGGUGGCUGCAUUUGGAGAGCUGAGGUCUAUGGCCGACCAGGGCACCAUCACCUACCCGUACUCCACCCGAGAGGUGGUCAACAUCGUCAAACACCUGCAGAAAUUUCCCGAUGAGGGUCUGGCCAACGUGGUGCGGAACGUCUUCGACUUUGACUCCUACAACAAAGACACGCGGGAGGUUCUGAUCGAAGCGCUGCACAAACACGGGAUUCCUAUCGGAGCCAAGCCCACAUCUGUCAACCUGGCUAAGGAGUUGCCGCUGCCAGAGGCCAGGAUGACCGGGUACUGGACGAUAAACCAAGGUGUCAACGCUCGCCGCAAACUGCUCUGUCCCACUGAGACGCACACCAUAGACAUCAAGGGCCCCGUGUUUCUGCGUGUGCAGAGUUAUCCCUGUAACAGGCAGGAGAGCCGAGCGCUGAGCUUCAGCGAGGAGAAAGCUCACUGGCAGAUUCCCAUGAAUGAAGUCAACAUCAUCUGUGAUGUCACCACCAAAGACGACGUGAUGUUCGUGGCCACGUGUAACCCUGUGUCCCUGUUCUCCAUGAAGGAGCGCGGCGAGGCAAUUCGGUGCAUGGAGCUCUACGACGUCUUCCCGAGGACCAUCAGCGGCGUCUGGCAGCCGUUUGUCACCGUAGCUCCUCUCGGGAGUCCUCUGGAUGGACAGGUGGUGCUGCACGAGGAGCAGAGUAACACAGUUCUCCAUCUGGACAUGGAAACAGGCGCCGUACGGAGGCUCAUGUUGUCCCCGGAGAGCGAUCCUCCCUCCGCCAAAACGUCGAACUGGUGGAGCAGCAGCAAGGAACAACAGGGAGUUUACAAAAUGUGUCGAGACUUCAGCCACAAAAACUGGCUCCUCUUCUAUAAGGAGGACGGAAACCAGCUGGAGGUGCUGGAUGUUCUGGAGGGCCGUGUUCACACCAUCUCUCUUCCCAUCAACCUGAAAUCUGUUUUCCUGGUAGCCGAGGAUCGCUGGCUGCUGCUGGAGAGCAACACCAACAAGAAGUUCCUGCUCACUAAGCCCAUGCACAUGGCCGCUGAGGACUCUGGAGUUUGUCAGCUCCACAGCAUCAGCGAGGACUCAGCCAGCUCGGGCCAUGGAGCCAGCUCAGCCGAGGCCUCCGUUCCUCAGAUGCUGUCGUGUGAUCAGCUGCCCAACGAGAACCUCAGCGCUGCUCUGGACCAGAAGAUUGUUUCUCCUAACAGGGUCCUGGCAGACACCGGCUCCUACGCACAGAUCGUUGUGGGCUUCCCUGACCUUGUGUCCCCUAACGAGGUUUACAGCUUUAAGAGGCCCGUUGACCUGUCAGUGGUGAAGAGCAGUGACAGCGGGUCUUACAUGUUCCUCAGAGGCGGACUCCGGUCCAGCACACCCAAACGGGAGAACUGUGUCAGCUUGCUCUCGGCCAAUCAGGUGGUCCGAGCCCUCCCGCCCAACAAGGUCCCCCUGAAAGAGGUCUACCCCAAAGAUGUCACUCCUCCGAUGACAGCGGCGUACCUGGAGGUCACUGAUCUGAACUCCAAAAAAGUCAAAUAUGUUCCUGUCCCGAGGUCGAUGUCCGUGUCGCCGUACACCAGCUGGUUGUCGAAGGUGUCGGAGUCUGACGUGCUCCUGGCUGCUCUGGGGACUGGAGGUGUGGUCACAGUGGAUAUGGGCGGGUACGUUCGACUCUGGGAGACAGGAUUGGACACCCUGCAGCGAUCGCUGAUGGAAUGGAGGAAUAUGAUUGGGUCAGAGGACGGCAGACCCAUACAGAUCACCGUCCAGAAGGACAGCGGCCUGGACGUCACCGCCCCAAAACACGGCAAGAUUGACCCCAACAACGCUCCUCAUGUUGGGGGAAACCAGUGGGCAGGAGGCACAGGUGGCAGAGACACAGCCGGCCUGGGUGGCAAAGGAGGUCCCUAUCGGCUGGAUGCAGGACACAAGGUCUUCCAGGUUUCUCAGGCCGAGAAAGAUGCAGUGCCCGAGGACGUCCGAAGAGCUGCGCGAGAAAUGGGUGAAAAGGCCUUCAAAGAAAGGUUAAGGGAGAUUGAUAUGAGCGAGUACGAUGCCUCAACCUACGAGCGAUUCUCCAGCGCAGUCAGAAGACAAGUUCAGUCUCUACGAAUCAUCCUGGACAAUUUACAGGCUAAAGGGAAGGAGCGUCAGUGGCUGAAGAACCAGGCUCUGGGAGAUUUGGAUGAUGCUAAAAUCAUCGACGGUCUGACCGGAGAGAAGGCUAUAUAUAAACGGCGAGGAGAGCUGGACCCAGAGCUGGGCAGUCCUCAGCAGAAGCCGAAGCGUCUUCGAGUGUUAGCCGACGUGUCGGGCAGCAUGUACCGUUUCAACGGCGUGGACGGCCGGCUGGAGCGCUCCAUGGAGGCCGUGUGUAUGGUCAUGGAGGCUCUGGAGAACUACGAGCACAAGUUUAAGUAUGACAUAGUGGGACACUCAGGCGACGGCUACGACAUCGAGCUGGUCAGAGCGGAUAAAGUCCCCAAAAACAACAAACAGAGACUCAAAGUCCUCAAGAACAUGCAUGCACACGCUCAGUUCUGCAUGAGCGGCGACUUCACCCUGGAGGGCACCGACGCCAGCAUCAAGGAGCUGGCGCGAGAAGAGGCCGACGAGCACUUUGUGGUGGUGCUCAGCGACGCCAACCUGGAGCGCUACGGCAUCCGACCCGAGCGCUUCGCCCAAGUCCUGACGUCCGACCCACAGGUCAACGCCUUUGCCAUCUUUAUCGGAUCGCUCGGCGAUCAGGCUGAAAGACUCCAGAAGACCCUUCCAGCUGGCAGAUCCUUCGUUGCCAUGGACACCAAGCAGAUCCCCCAAAUCCUGCAGCAGAUCUUCACAUCUACAAUGUUGUCCAGUGCCUAACACACACACACACACACACACACACACACACACACAAACAUCAUAAUCACACUCUCACUGCUCAUGUAACACAUUUAAAUCCUCCUAAUUGGUUCUGCUGGAGCUGAAACUUCCAUCCACUUCCUGUAUCCAAUCACAUCACUUUAUUGGAGUUGUAUCAGGUCUGAGGACUCAAUUUGAGGUGUAAUGGAUGCAGAGGGUUAUAUUUAUUAUUUUACAGGCAGCGUGUGACGUGACGCCGCUGUGUUAGCGUGACAGGUUAAAUGGUGUUUAGCUGUCGCGUCCCUCGGGGAGUCGUAACAGCACAAAGGGGCCGGACUGAAGCCUGUGAUCUUGUGCAGUGGGACUGUUUCUCCGCUGUGAAAUGACACACAGUGAACAUUUCUAACUGCAGUGGCUUUUAGAACGUCUCCGACCUCAUGGGGGGAUCAAACACACACUCUGACCUGUUGUUGUUUUUGGCCGCUGACGCACACACGCAGUCAUCUUCGUCCUGUUUUGGCCUGUGAGGAACUUGACUUGGACAGGGAAGGUCAUGAGCUUGAACCAUCCUCACUUAUUUGGACUUCCUGCUCAUUAAUCGUCUGUCAGAGAGAGAGAGACGCACGCACACACACACACACACACACAAACACGUGGUGGUGCGACAACGCACCACCUGAGCGACACUUGGAUGUGGCAAGCGGUAAUAACUCUGCAACUCAGGAAUGCUGGGACUGUGACCAGGGAAUUUCCCACCUGACUGCAGGAUCUCUUUAAAGGCAGCCGCUGUUGCACAACCCCCUGCAGUGUGUGUGUGCGUGUGUGUGUGUGUGUGUGUGUGUGUGUGUGUGUGUGUGUGUGUGCCUCCUCCAGCAUCUAUGUCAACAUGCACAAGCCCUUUCCUUCCUUUCUGCAGGACCUUCUGACGCCCCGGGUUUGCCUCAGUCCCGUAAGGAAUCUCGGAUCUCCUUUCAUUGCCGAACUUCCCUCUCUGCUCGCCUCGGCGUCUGCAAGAGAAACUGUGUGUGUCAGCGAGUGUUUAGUCGUGCCUGUAAGGAGACUCUGUUUUUAAUGAUUGGCAUCUUUUCUGAAAUGUUUUUAGACUACAUAAAUCAUGGGUACAAAAAGGUUUGUAUUGGAUUUCUCUGCCGGUGGCUGCAAAAUAUGCUGGUUGCUGUGAUGUCAUCAAAGUAUGUCCAAUAACACGGCUGUUUUUUGUCAUUAACAGGCCCAGAGGGCGCACUCACACUAGGCAAUCUGUAGCAUGCCUAAGCACGCUUCGGUUUUUGUAAAGGGAGUGCGGUGGCUUUGAGCACAUUGUAGUGGCUGUCUCUGUUUAAAAACAUAAUCUUCCUCGUUAACAUGAAGCUCUGUCUCUGUAGGGAGCCGUCCUGUCAAACAGUCUGAGCCUGUUAGGGACACUUUGAGCAGCAUCACAUUGCAGCCAUUACAGCCGGUUUCCUUACAUCCGGCUGAAGACAUUUACUGAAAGGAUUCCAAAACUUUUUGUUGUAUCAGCUCCUGACAAAUGUUCAGAUGAAUGUGCAGAGGUUAAAGGAGGUCCCCUUUAUUAGAGCACACAGAUGUUUGUGUGCACAUCAUGUUAUCGUUUUUAUUUCCGCUCAGUGACAUCCAGCUGUGCCAUCAGAUUAAAUCUCCCUUUCUGUGCCAACUUGCUGCCACGUGUGUCCAAUAGGGUGUCUGGGUCGACUCUGGUUGUAACUCUUCGUGCUCACGCCUCACUAUGAUUAACUGAAAAGGAUCAAUGGAGCCGCCUGUGAAACUAUCAGCUUCCAUUGAUCCCUGACAGCGGGAUGUCUCUGAUUUUAGUAACCCACUUCUGACUCGCUGACCUUCUCCUCCUCCUCCCCUCGCUCUGCCGAUGAGUAGGGAGGAACACGAGUGACUCACAUGUUUGCCUGGUGAAACUUUGGGUUUAAAUGUGUAGGCAUUAAAAUGUGUAUAUUAGGAUGUUAAAAUCAAACAUUUACAUCUCUUUAAUAUUAUUUAAUUGUACAUUGUGUUAAUCUAAAGUGAAAAAAAAGUUAAAGAAAUGUACAAAAUUUUAAUAAAAUCAUGUUAACAUUC